UUCUGGUAAUUCAUCAUGUGUUGGACUGACAAUCUCUAUAACUAUGUUUUUAAUGGGAUAAAGGUGAGUCAACAUCCACAUACAGGUUUAAGGAAUUGGGGAGCCGAGGCUAUCACACAUCUAGUACAGUCAGCACUGGCCUUUAACCACCAACCACCAUUACAACAGAAUCUGAAACUACAGUCGAGUAUUUUAGCACCUCUUCAAGACCUCUCAACAAUAACACAGCCUGACAUCCGACAGAAGCAGCUUCAGUGUGUCUUCCAAAUUCUCCAUGACAACGGUGAUUCACUCAACCAUGGCUGGCCCUUAAUUCUGGGUGUUAUAGGCGCUGUUACAAACGAUCAAGGGGAAAAACUUGUGCAGACGGCAUUUCAGAGUUUACAACUAGUUGUGACAGACUUUUUACCCAUAAUUCCCUGUUGUUACCUGGAGGAUGUGGUUGAUGUUGCCGCAAAGUUUGGGCUUCAAAAACAAGAACUGAAUGUCAGCUUGACAGCUAUUGGUUUGCUGUGGAAUAUAUCAGACUAUUUCUAUCAAAAUCGAGAAAGAAUCAAAAAUGACCUUGAAACCAGUCCGACUGAGGGAGAGGUCAAGGUCACAGAAAGGUCAGAUGGAAUGUCAUCAUUUGAUGGGUUAUGGAUGUGUUUAUUUUCUGGUCUCGGAGACCUGUGUGUAGAUUCCCGGCCUGCUGUAAGGAAGAGCGCAGGCCAGACUCUGUUCUCUACAAUAUCGGCCCAUGGCGGCCUACUGCAGCAAGAAUCAUGGAAGAAAGUUUUAUGGAAGGUGCUGUUCCCAUUGCUGGACAAUGUCAAGAAGCUGUCAAGCACGGCACCAACCACCAAGGAUGAAUCAACACAGGGCAAUAUACUUAUACACCAUUCUAGAGACACUGCCGAGAAACAGUGGGCAGAAACCAGGGUUCUCACCCUGGCUGGUGUAGCUCGAACCUUCACUGCACAACGCAAAAUUUUACAAGGGUUUUAUAAAGACUUCCCACAUGCCUGGGCAUUGUUGCUGGAUCACAUAGAAGGGGCUGCUCUGUGUCAGAAUGCUGAAAUCUCAAUAGCUGCUAUCAAGAGCUUUCAAGAAAUGCUUCUUAUAACUAAAGAUGACACAAGCAGCUACAUGAUACAGACACUUCCUGUCAAGCCUCCAACUGCUGAGGCUAUAAAUAGAACAGGAGAACCUGCAGCAGACGACAUGUCAAAAUCUCAGAAAGAGGCUGAAGAUGACACAACAGGAAGUGCUAAUGAUUAUGACAUUGCAUUAUGGUCUGCUGCAUGGAAAGUGUGGCUAAAUAUAGGUUCACAAUCAACCAAACCACCAGAAGACUCCUCGUCUCUUUAUGUACCGUCACAACCAUUUCUGACUGCACUAAUUCAAACAUUCCCACCACUUUUGGAUCACAUCAAAGUUCGUUUCUCAGUAUCAGAUCUGCAGAAGUUAUCUGAGGUGCUAAAAAGGGCGCUUACAGUUCCGGUGCACGGUGACUCGUCACCGUUUAUAAUUCCAACAUUCCCUGAUGUAUCAACUACACCCCUGCAAGAAGCAACAUUACAAGCCGUUGAGGCUAUCAUUAAGACAGUACAGGAGGGUCCAGAUUCAAUGCACGGCAUGUACCCAGACAUAUACGAUCAACUGCUGACCUACAUAGACUACGGUGUACGAGUGCCAAAGUUUGGCAAGAUAGAAACUAAACAGUUUGGAUCUGUCAAAGGACCCACAGUUGAUUGGGUAACGAUGAAUUUUGUGCCAUUUGCUGAACGCUGUGUGGAGCUCAUUGUGGAAAUGUACAAAGUUACAGCCAGCCAGACAGCUGUUAUACAAGCUCAGGUCCUGCAGAAUAUCAUCAAAACAUUCCGUCAGCCAUUGAGUUUGAAGUAUGGUUGUCCGUCACAAAGUACCUGGAUGCUUGUAAUCAACUCGUUACUAACUGUGUUGUCUGUGGGAUUGUCGGUAGCGAGGAAACAUGAAAAGGCAUUUCAGUCAAUGUGGACAGAGUUAGGAACAACACUGGAAGAGUUCCUGUUCUCAAAAAACCCCACGCCACCUACGUUGUCUAUAGAAGACUUUCAAAGAGAUGAGGCCUUGGAUUGUAAGGUUGUGUUCUUGAUAAGAGAUGACAUUCUACCAUAUGCCAACAACAUGCCAAAAGAGUUUGUCGAACAGAUCAUGUCCAUUCUUAACAAAGGAUCCAUACAUUCCACAUCAUCUGACACUUUCAUUGAUACCGAUUCUAGUCGAAAACUGAGGGAAGAGUUUGCGAAGACGUGUUUUGAGACAUUGUUACAGUUUUCAUACAUCAACAGAUCAAAAACAGACGAGGGUUGUAUAACAAAACUGGCGGUAAUAUCGUUGUUACAGCGUUGUCAGGAUGUUGUCAAAAAAUACGCAGAAGAUGAAAAGUUGAGUGGGAAAUGCCCGCUACCAAGACCGAGACUUGCAGAGAUGGCUUCAGUGUUGAAAGCUGUUACCACACUGAUUGCCUCCCUAAAGAGAGCACCACAGGCUAAUGUGGAGGCAAGUGUUUGGAAGCAGGUCAUUCAUCUUUACCCACACCUUGUAGACUGUACAACGUCACCUUCUCCCAGUGUGUGUAAAGCACUCAGAGAUGCUCUCAAAGAAUACAAGGAACUCCUUUCCCCACCCACUCUGGUUAUGACAAAUGGGAGAUAACUCUUAGUGACUGCAGCAUAAAGCUAAAGGGAGACAAUUGAAAAUGUGUGCAUUGUGUAGAAUUAUAGUGCUAUUUCCUGUCAUGGAUUAAGUGCUCAACAGCCAAAUGACAGUGCAUUAAUAAUCUGAUUUUAGGUAAUUGACAUCGGAAUUUUAGACUGUUCAGCAAUAUUUACACAUUGUGUAUUUUAUUUAUUAAUUGUACAAAAAAAGAGUUGAUGAAAUUAUGUAUGAAAGUAAUAUGAUUCAAGUGAUAUAUAGAAUGUAAAUGACAGAAAUUUAAGAGUAACUUCUCUUAAAAUAUUAAGCUUAUUCAUGGGUAUGACAAAUAUACAUUUACAGUAUAACCUCUACAACAUGGCCCUCUUCAGAGCAAUUUCCUCUGGACAACAACAGUAAUAUUUCUCCCCAAAGAAAUCAUUUAUAAUAAAUUUAACCUCUCUAAAGCAAACACCUCUCAAUAGCAACCAAAAUCUCUGUCUACCAUAGGGUGUUGCCUAACACAGGUUAUACUGUAUGUAUGUCAAAAUAUAAUUAUUCUUGUAGAAAAUAUAUAGCAUGUCAAACAUAUUUCUGCAGCAAAAGGUGUAGACAAAUUGUAUAUAAUAUUUCUGAAAAAAUGAAAUGUUUGAAAUAUAUUGGAGAAUGACCUUCCAUCUUUUAUAAUUGAGAAAACAUUGAUAAAUGGGUUAUUAAAAUUGUGAACAUCUGCAGGUGGGAGGGGCAUUUAAACAAUUUCUUCAGCGCAUAAUGGCUUCUUAUCUCCUGGGAAUUCAACCAAACUUUCAGUUUCACAGAACUAUUGUGGUCAAGUACCUUGUUGUUUAUUUGCCGGAUCAUGAUUUAAUAAUUUUAUUGAUUUUUUCGCCUCUGUAUUGUUGAUGAUCAGAAACUGGAUUUUGUGAAAAUUUCUUGUCACAUGAUUUCCUUAAAAUAAGUGAAUCAUUUGGGGUCAGGUUACUUAGUAAUUAAACAACAUAAAUCAAUCUGAAUCUUUCUAAUGGAUUUGAUCAGGGGUUGUCUGUAGCCAAGUUGUUAAUGUCAUUGUCUUCAAACUGCUUGCCCCUCACCACCGUGACCAUUCAUUCUUUAAAUUGCAUCAGUAAAGCUUAAAACUGAAAACCCAAAUAUAGAUUUGUAAGACCCUAAUUUCUUUUACUAGUGUAUGGAAAAAAAAUCAGAAUUACAUAACAUGUACUGUGUAAACUAUAAUACCAGUAAAUCAGCAGCCCCAGAUUUCUGAGCCAUAAUUCAACUACCGGUAAGUUUGUUAUAAUGAAUGUGUGUUGGGUAAAUAUGUGGUUAUAAUCAUUUUAUCAAAUUGUACAGGUAUAAAUUUGAUGUAUAUACAUAGUCAAAUUAUAACAAAAGGUAUCACACUGUUAUAUAUGUGUUAUAAUCAUGUUAUAUGUACAGAUGUAGUUUAUUUUACUUCAUUUAUGUAUGUCAGUAAAGGUUGAAUUAUUUGUACCAGAAUUCAUAAGGGAAUAAAAAUUUACAAAAUUUAAA